CUGAGCUAGGGAACCAGCAACGUGUGUGAACGGCAGGAUUUCAGUCGCCUCGCAAAUCGUCCAUCAUAAAUAUAACGAAAAUGGAAAGGAGAAGAAGGCUUCAUCCUCAACAGGAUGCUGAAAAACAUAUUCAAUUGAAGACUGACAAGGCUGGUCUUACAGAGCAUUUCAUCAACCCCUAUAAAGGUCGAGGUGUGCUUGCUACCAAGGAAUUCAACCAAGGAGACUUCAUGCUUGAAUAUCGGGGUAAACUUUUCAAACAGGAUCAUCAUACAAACUACAACUACAAUGAUACAGAAGCAGUGUUCCUGUUUGAUUUCAAAUGGAAUGGGAAAUGUUGGUGUCUUGAUGCAUCUGUUGAAGACAAGUCACUGGGUAGGCUGGUAAAUGAUGACCAAAAAAAGCCAAACUGCAAGAUGAAAAUUGUUGGUGUUGGUGGGAUGCCACAUCUUUGCAUGUUUGCUCUAAGACACAUUGCCCCAGAAGAAGAAAUAACCUACAAUUACGGGGAUGCAGACUGGCCUUGGCGCAAACAGGUGACAAACGAGCAGGCUACUGCUGAGAAGGUUGAGACCGAGAGGCUCCCUUUGGAUGUGACAUCCCACGAGGCCUCUAACGAUGAUGGUGCUACUAUCCAGGUAAUUGAGUAAUAUGGACACUGUCUCACAAACUGUUUAUGUUGAUCUGUACACUAUGUUGUUCCAGUACCAAGAUGGGACCUGUUGCUAUUUAUUUUCUGAUACAGCUGUUAGUCAGUGUUAGUG